AUGGCUCGAAUCGAUCAAAAUAUUGCCCUCCCCACGUAUUCUUACAGGCCUUUGGAUGAGAAGGCCACGGGUCCAAGAAAAACCAGACUUUUAAAGAACUUGGUUACGAUUUUAUUGAUGAUCUUUUUGCUGCUUUUUCUUACUGUAAAAUACUCGAAUAUAUUCAGCCGAGAUUCAUCCAUUCCAGGGGUCUUUUCUAUUUUUAAAAAGACAAAUCCCACUUCGGAAAAUGUGCCCAAAUUUACAGGGAGCUCGAAACCAGCGGAAAAGAAAGACACGCCAAUUACGCAAAAUCAACAAAAGCCAGCAAAUGUUGAAGAUAAACCCAAUGCAAAGCCUUCACCUUUGAAGACACCAGAAAAGUUCAAGACAGGUUCUCCAUUAGACGCCUUUCUUUCUGGGUUCGUUGAUCCCACAGUAGCUUCUCAAAUGUUGAAAUUCAUUGCAACGCAAGCAAUUGACCCCAUCGUUUCCAAUAUUGCCCCUGUGCUUGAAGAGCUGCUUCCGAAGGAAAGAAUUGAACUCAUCCUUAGAACCACUGAUUCCAUCACGUCAGGAGAGCUAUCUGGGUUUGAAGCAAUAAGAAGAAAUUUUUAUUCGAUCUUCGAGUCUCUCUUUUUAUUAGUUGUAAAUUUGGCCCCCUCAAUUGGAGGGCCACUUAUUGAUGACCUUGUUGCCAUUUUUGACCAUUUGUCAGCUUGGAUGGAGCAUACCGAUCUUUCGAUUGCAAAAUACUUGGGGCAGGGAAUAGCUUAUGGAAUCCUUCCUUUGAUAGGAUAUAGUGAUACAGCCUUGGAACAAGCCUCUCGAGUCUUUGAAAAUGGGAUAUCUAAAUUGCUUCCCGACAUUUCCAAAAUCGAUCCUUCUAUCUUCAAGUCCAAGGAAAAGCUCAUGAAGCUCAUCCCCUCCGUUUCGCAAAUCCAGCCUGUCGUUAUGUCUAUGUUUGUUCAACUGGCCUCCCUCAAGGCUCUACAAGCAAGUGUCAAUUCAUUUUCUGGUUCCAAGAGUAAAACUGAAAAGACUGAAUCCAAAGUCUCCUCAACUAAUUCCACUGUCUCCAAAAAUGAGAAAAAGCACCCAUCUGGCUCAAAACACAGUCGCAGACGUCGCCGUGAUCCCUCAGAUUCUGAUGAUGAUGCUUCGUAUCUUGACAAUUAA